CACCAACAUCGAAGCUAGUACAGGCAUCUCUCAUUUCAAUCAAUUUAUCUUUCAGUAUUUUCACACUUCACCAUCGACAAAGUCAUGAAUAUCGCACUGAGCUGUUUAUUGGUUUUGGCCGCCACAGUCGCCACCAACGCCGAAGCCGAUCCGCAGUACCCCUACUACGGUUACGGCCAUCCUGCGGCAUAUCCUCCUAUGCCUCAUUACGGCAAUGGCUACGCCCCCGAACAAUCCAACUACUUCCGUGCCGGCCUUCCUAACCCUUCCUUUGAAAAUCAGGACCCGAAACAGGACGGACGUGUUUUCUUGGGAACUGUCACCAUCACGUUGGCCACGACAACUUCUACUAGCACCGUUACCACAUCUACCACCUGCACCACUUCAGCCAGAGCCAUCUCGAUCUGCUCUCCUUCUGGCCGUCGUCGUCGUGGUGUCGGUUUGAACAACAGCCAGAAAGCCCGCGGACUCUUCUACAACGACGAACAGGAAAAAAUCGAAGCAGAGAGCAUCUUCACUCGCUCCGAGUGAGUUUUCAUAAUAAAAU